CUUACUGCUGCGUGUCUGUGAUCUCACACGUCAAAGUGCUGUAUUUUCCAAAUUUACAUUUAAUUAUUUUAGUUAAAAAAUGCCUGAGGUGGAGCAGAGCAAAAUUUUGAAGAUUGGAGAUGUCUUGAAUAAUCCGGACAGGCCUCUGAAGGAGCGAUUCAGGGCGCUCUUCACGUUGAAAAACAUCGGCGGUGCCACUGCCAUUGAGUGCAUCAAGAGGAGUUUCGCCGAUCCUUCUGCACUUUUGAAGCACGAGCUCGCCUAUUGCCUUGGACAAAUGCAGGAUGAUUUAGCCAUUCCAGUGUUGAUAGACGUUCUUAAAGACAAAAAUGAGCACCCAAUGGUGCGACAUGAAGCUGCUGAGGGCCUUGGUGCUAUUGGCCGAAGCGACGUUUUACCCGUUCUUAAGGAAUUCGAAAAAGAUGACGUGGUGGCUGUAGCAGAAACAUGCCAGCUGGCUGUAAGAAGGAUAGAAUGGGUCGCCAGUGGCAAUGAAGGAGGAAAGGACGAUUUUUUUGGCUCCGUCGAUCCGACCCCAGCUUCUGACGAGAGGAACCUGGAACUCCUCAGGGAAAAACUACUGAGCGAAACGACAGACCUGUACGAACGGUACAGAGCUCUCUUCGCCUUGCGAAACAUCAAUUCCAAAGAGUCAACCAAAAUUUUAAGCGAAGGUCUCAAAUACGGAGGAGCUCUAUUCAGGCAUGAGCUGGCUUUUGUGCUGGGCCAAAUCCAAGAACCUGUUGCCGUCGACGCUUUGAUAGGAGGGCUCGAGGACAAGACGCAAGACGAAAUGGUGCGACACGAGUGCGCCGAGGCCUUGGGCGCCAUCGCCACGGAAAAAGCUAUGGCGAUCCUGCAGCUGUUCCUUGAGGAUGAGAAGAGAGUGGUGCGAGAAAGUUGCGAGAUUGCUUUGGACAUGUGUGAAUACGAGAACAGCGAAGAGCUGCAAUAUGCCAACACAGAAGAGCUUGUUUGAUAUUGAAUCGAAAAAAAGUUUACCGAUUUCAAUAUAAAUAAAAAUACUUCAAUCUAAUUGAAA